AUGAACUCCAGGCAUGGAUGGACAAGGCGAAGAGAGAUGAAACUUGAAAGGGCCCCCCUUGAUGUUUGGUGGAGUGAGAAAUGGGUCUGCGGUUGGAGGUAGAACAAUGGCGGAUCGCAUUUGGUCCCAUCUUAUCCACAACGAGCAAAUCCAAUCGGAGAGCAAGUGGACAACUGAUGUGCACUUAUCCUUCUUUUGAGGCCCCAAUCAACGCCAACCUUCACCACCACCACCACACAGAGAUCAAUAUAACGAAGAAAGGAGAGCCGCUUCAGACGUCGAGAGAUCAGUGAUGGCUUCCGUGGCUCCCUUCUUAGCUCCCUCACCUCUUUCUUCUUCUUCUUCUUCCUCCCCUCGGCCACCACCGGCUGCAGCAGUCGCGCCUUCCCUGCGCCCGGCGGUUCCGGCCUUUCCUUGGUGCGGCAGAAGGCCUGCUGCUUCCAGGGUGGUGGCGGUGUCGGCAGUCGGGGAGCUGUCGUCCGACAGCAACACGUAUCUGAUCGCCGGAGCCAUCGGUGUGGCGCUUGUCGGCACUGCUUUCCCCAUACUCUUCUCUCGCAGGGACAUAUGCCCAGAGUGUGACGGAGCUGGGUUCGUCAGGCAAGCUGGGGCGGCACUGAGGGCUAAUGCAGCAAGGAAGGAUCAAUCUCAGAUAGUUUGUCCUCGUUGCAAUGGGCUGGGGAAGUUGGGACAAAUCGACAAAUAAGGGAUCCAUGCUCUUGUGAUUGCAGAAGCUCACUACUCUCUCUCUCGCUCUCCCCUCACCCACCAUGACUGUUAACGUUACUGUUUGUACUCUGUACAACUGUGAAGAAAAUGAAUCCAUCUUUAUGUGCAA